AUGAAUGCUAUAGAGAUCGAAUAAGAAAAUUAUCUAAAAGUAAUAUUAUAGCUACGGAAUGAAAUUAAGAAAUAUAAAGGGCCAGAUUCUCAAAUAACAAAAUCUAAUAAUUCUUCAUUAUCACUUUAUAAUAUUAAAAAUCAAUAAUAAUAAGAGGAUCAAUAAAUAAGUGAUAUAUAAAAGGAAGGUUAAGGUGAUUCAAAUAUUACUAACUUAUAAAGAAUGCCUUAUAUUGAAAUGUUAGAAUAAGCUGAGAAAUACUUAAAAUUAGUAUAUGAAACUGCAUACAAUUUAAAUCAUGAUAUUUUGGAAAAAUAAUUAUUAGCAAAAGAAACAAUACCAUAUAAACUAAUAAAAUAGAUCUCUUAACCUUAAAUUUGCUAAGCUUUAUCUUUUAAUUUUGAUAAUACUUUACUUGCAACAACACAAGGAAGAAAUAUUAAAAUUUUGAAUUUCAAUUACAAUAAAGGAAAUAUUGAAUAAAUAGCAAACUUUGAAGCUCAUGAAUCUAAUAUAAAUAGUUUAGUAUUUAGUAAAAAAACUAAUUAUUUAUUUUCUGGAGGAGAUGACUUUUUCAUUCGUAUAUGGGAAGAAUUAAAAUCAAAAAAUUAAUGGAAAAAUAAAAUAUCUAUAAAUACAAAAAGCCCUAUUACUUGUAUGAUUCUAAAUAAAAAAGAAAAUCUUAUCAUCGUUGGAAAUAAAUAGGGAUUUAUACAAACUUGGAAUCUAAAUGUAGAAUAAGAAACAAUUACUAUUGUACUAGAAAUAAGAAAAGUUCAUGAAUAAAAUAUUUUUGGAAUUAGUCUUAAUUUAUUUGAAGACAGACUAAUCACUUGUUCUUAAGAUAAAAAAAUUAUACUUUGGAUUAUUGAUAAAAGAGGAUUAAUACAAAAGAUAACAGAAUAAGAAAGAAUUAAUUUUGUAUCUUCCAUUAUCUUUUUAUAUGAUAAAACAAUACUUUUAACUUAAAAUAAAAAAGGAAUUAUUGAAUUAAAAUUAGACAAUGAUAAUUUUAAAGAAGAUGAAAAAAUAAUAUUAGAAGAUCCAUCAGAAGAUUAUCCCAAUUUUCCAAUUUAAUUUAAUAAAACUAAAAAUAUUAUGAUAAUCAAGCAUAAUUAAUUUGUUUAUAUGUAUAGAGAACUUCAUUAAGGUUCUUAUGAUUUGUAGAAUAAAAUAGUUUUUGACUCUAUAAAAUUAUAUGGAGCUUUUUCGUCUGAAUGUAAGUAUUUAGUCACUUUAAAUGAAUAAUUUUUGAGACUUUAUGAGUUAGAAUGA